UCGUGCGUGGUGGGUUGUGUCGCUCUUCAGCUCCUCCCUCCCCCAGCUGCUGCUGUUGCUGCUGCUACCAUUGCUACUACUACCCCAGCUCUCACCCACUGAACCUUCACUACCCUCCCCGGUUCUAACACUGUUACCUGGUUUACCGUGCCCCUGGUACACGAGUAGGCGGGGAUAAAAGGACAAGCGGGAUAAACAGUGAGGAUUGUAAUCUGGCGGGGAGGGAGCGGCGGUGACAACAGCAUCCUCCUAACACUGUCCUCUCACGUGUGCUGUCGCUGCUGCUCCUCUCAACACACCAUAGUGGAUUCCUUCUGCAUGUAUCAGUGAGGGAGGCAUUACUUUCUACCAAGGGAGAGCCAUACACAUACCCCUCUGCCCUGCAGUUCCUCCCCCACGGAGCCUACAGUAUCCCUGGACGAGCGUCCCAGGAAACAAGGCAGUUCAUACCACCAACAAACACUUCGGUGAGAUGCUGAAGAUGACAUCGUGUGAGGUGAAGAGUGCGUAGUGAUGGUGGGUGAGGGCCGGGAGCUAACUAUCAACACCAGCAGUACGCUCCACCUCGUCAUGAACUGCCGCCGCUCCUGCUGACCCCCUUCCUUCACCUCUUUCUCCCUCUCUCCCUCUCUUCCCUGUUCCACUUUUAUCGUCUCUUCCUACCUUAUAACUCUGUUAUCUCUUUCCCUCCACCACCAUCACUUUCAGCAUCAUCCCCCACGCCCACACUCCGGCGGCAUCUUUCCCUGCAGCAUCCGCCCCUCUCCAGCCGUCUGUGAUGACCAUGGCAAGUUCUGGCAACGGUGCAGGGGGCACUGACGAAGGCAGGACGGGAGGCUCUCGUGCUCCCCCUCCCUCAGCAGAGGAACCCCUGCAGCCCCCCGCAGCCGCAACCGCAGCAGCUGCAGCAGCAGCCGCCGCCGCAGCAGCAGCAGCUUCCUCCUCCGUCAGUUCCUUGGCAGAUCUUCCCAGGGACAGUGAUAGCUAUCAAGAGAUCAGCAUCAUUGGCAAUGGUGCGUACGGGACGGUGUACUACGCUCGCGACCGGAACAAUCUGGAGCGGGUAGUGGCACUGAAGAAGAUCCGGAUCACCCUCAACGAAGAUGGUGUGCCUGUCAACGCCGUCAGGGAGAUCGCUCUUCUGAAGCAGCUGGAACGCUUCGAGCAUCCCAACAUUGUCAGGUUGCUGGACAUCUGCCAGGGAAGAGUAGAGCAGGAGCAACGACUCAACCUGGUGCUGGUGUUUGAGUAUGUCAACCAGGACCUCUACCACUACCUCAAGGCCUGUCCUUCCCCAGGGCUCGACCAGGCAAGAAUUAAGAGUCUGAUCCACCAAAUCCUUUGUGGCGUUGACUUCCUUCACAGUAAUCGCAUCAUCCACCGAGACCUGAAACCUCAAAAUAUUCUGGUCGACACGAAUGGCCGUAUUAAAAUUGCCGACUUCGGCCUGGCAAGAAUAUAUGAUUUUAAUAUGAGACUCACCGCAGUGGUGGUUACAUUAUGGUAUCGAGCUCCGGAAAUUUUGUUGAGUAAUAGCUAUGCUACACCUGCUGAUGUCUGGUCCUGUGGGUGUAUAUUUGCCGAACUUUUCCGACGAAAACCUGUAUUUGAGGGACACACAGAACCAGACCAACUCCAAAGGAUAUUUGAUGUGAUUGGGACUCCACAUGAGAAUGACUGGCCACGUGAUGUGUCACUAUCACGAAGUAACUUCCGUCACCAUCAGGGCAGGCAUAUCAGAGAUAUUGUACCUGAAAUCACAGAUGAUGCAGCAGACCUACUGCAGAAAAUGCUUAAAUUUCUACCGAGUGUGCGUAUCUCGGCCAUUGAAGCCCUUCGUCAUCCGUACUUCCGAGGGAUGAACACGCCUCGAGUUAUGGCCACAAGCAACAGGUCAACACCUACUCAACAAGUUCUAAGCCCAGCCCCCCUUGCUACUAGUAGCCCUGCCAAUAUGCACCACCAUCACCAUCAUCACCGUCACGUUGCAGCUAGUGCUUCCAAUACGACCAGUGGUACAGUCGACAACCCCUCAAGGCAAGCUGCAUUACCCUCUCAGGUUACUACUAAUGAUGAAAAUAACCCCAAUGCAGGUAACAGUGCCAAUACAAACUCCACAAUAUUAAGAAUCCCGGAGCCUAAAAUUACUGAACGUGCCAUCACAACCGCCAACACAUCUACCAAUACAGAACCCUCAGCCACAGUCACUACCACAACUCCAGCAAGUGGUGGUGGUGUUACAUCUUCCCCUGAGAGUAGCUCAAAUACUGUGUAAUUUAUUGUAGCAUCCUACAUAAAAGAUAAAAUUUAAUAGGACACUCCUUUCAUUGGUGAUUUAAUGAAGGAUGUGUUUUGCAUAUCAUUAUUUUACUGAAAAUUUUUUAUUGGCUGAGGUAUAUUGUGAAAGAUUGACAAUGUAUUUGCAAAAAUUCAUAAUAUGAAUGGACAGAUUAUUCUUGUGCCUCAGUAUAUAUCUGCAUUAUUUUUUUUGAAAUCUCAGUUAUGUGCAGCAGCUAAAGCUUGAGUGAUGCUAUAAAUUAGCUGUACUAGUUUAUGAAAAACUGUACAAAUUGAUACCUGUACCAUGAGCAAUACUAGACAUGUCCCACCUUGGUGCCUUGCUUUUGGUAUCUCAAAGAUGUCGUAAACUAUUGUGCUCUCCUGCAGUAGGAGUUAUGCUCCAUAUUAUGCUUACUAGAUAGUUCCUUGUGUAACUCUGCUUGUCUUGAAUGUUCUGAAAAAGUGCAAAGUUACUGGUUAAACAGUCAACUUUAAAAAUUCUUAUAAUCUUGUGUAUCACCUUACCUUAAAAGCAUUCCCUUCAACAUUCCCAAGAAAAAGAAAGCAUUUCUCAAGUACCAAGUCACUAAGUGGUGCGGAAGUUGUUUGUUGUCGCAUUUGUUGACUGUAUGAUUGAUGAAUGUUUUUUUUUGUUUUUGUAAUGGGAGAGAGAGUGGAAAUGCAGACUUUUGUGUUGGACUUAGAAGUGAUUACCAAGAUAAUUGACUUGUGUUCCUGCCUUUUGUUACCGAGUUAAUGAAUGUUUAUGGUUCACUGAAAUGAUAGGUGCCCGUUUUGAUUUAACAGUUGUCAUGGGACAGUUAGUUUAACAAAUAUACAAUUUAGUAAAAUUGUUUAAAUUUUUUAUAGAUAUUGGUACUUAGGUGAUAUAUGUGCAGAAAUAUACAUCUAAUGCUCAUGACCAAGGUGAAAUGUGUCAUCAUGCAUAGAUGGCUGUUAAACAAGUCUAUACUCCACAUGGGUAUUAUGUUAGAAUUUUCAUUCUUAUAGUGAAGAGAGGUGUGUGUAAUUUAUUUAUGAAAAAUAUAUAUCUAUCAAUGCAACAGGGGGAAAAAAAAAAAAUGGCUUCAUCAGCAAUUUCAUGAACUGAUUAUGUUGUCCUCUUGACUUUUUAAGACCCAUGAUAGUUAUAAUGCUAGUGGUUUCUUACACUGAAGAAGCUCAGCAUUACUGUUUUUCAAGGAUGUAUUAAUUUAACCCUUUCACUGUUGUGAUCCCCAAAAUUAAAAGUGCAGAGAGUGUUGCAAUUUUCCAAAAAAAAAAAAAAAAAAAAAAAAAAAUCUGAAAUAGUAAGAGAAUCUCUUUCUGAAGGUAAUGACACAAGAAUUGUAAAAUUUGAUGGAAAACUUGUACAAUUUGCACCUGCAUAAUUCCCUGAGUGAUUUUGCCUAAUUUGAAACCAAUUCCAUUAUUCAGUUAUUUCACUAGUAUGCCUUCAGUUCUACUGAUUGACCACAAGAAACUGCCCAUCAAAAGUACCCUAUAAAGUGAACACAAGUCAGUAAUUUGUCCAAUUUUACAUUAAAUUCAGCAAUGAGCACUGCAGGUCUUCCAGCCACUAAAGCUACCUUCCCUGUGUUCAUUAAUCUACACUGUCUAGGCCUCUCCGAUGUUACAAACCUGGAUUUUGAAUAGAGCAUCAAAAAAAAGAAAUAAAAGUUUUAUCCUAUUUCUCAGAUUAAUAAAAUAUAACCAAGAAUGAUUGGUUAUGGUUUAAUCUGUUCCAGUAAUUGAAGCAGCCCUAGUAAAAACUCAUGAAACAGACAGGGGUGAUAGGAAGGCCCUACUUACCCUUCCUCAAAAAAAUCACCAAAAAUCAAAUAUUUCUGCCACCUGAGGCUUAUUUUAAGUUACUUCUGGUCUGAAACCUACCAAAAUCACCUAAUUCGCUAGUAUGUCUUUCAUUCUGUCAACUGCUAUUAAGAAAUAGCCAAUAUAAACACAGAAGUUUGCUUUUCCCAUAAUGCACUGUGGGGGGUUAGGAUUUUUUUCAUACUGUGCACCCCCACUACACAGACCUAUUCUCUCAAGUCUAGGUCAAAGUUUACUGCUUACAGCAUAUUCCAGGGUGCCAUGAUUAAAAUGCAGAACUAUGUGAAUGAUACUGGUGUCAGUAAUACAGAUCUAGAAAGUAUCAAUGAAAUUAAAAGUACUGACAAUGUUGGGAUUUUUCAAAACAAUACAAAGAUUAUUUUUUCUUCUGAAAUGAUAGAAUCUUUUAAUAUAAAAAAAAAUUGCGAAAUUUGAUGGGUAACUUACAGAAUUACGCAGGUGCAAAGUUGGCACAUCUGGAUAUGAUUUACGAAUAGGUGAUUUCAUCCAUUUUGAGCCUUGUUUUAAGUCAAUUUCAUUGCUUAAUAUGACCAAAUUCUUAGCUGUUAUCCUAGUAUGUCCCAUUCUAUCAACUGAGCACAAGAAACUGCCAAUCAACUAUUAGAAUUGCCUUAUAGCAAUUUAAAAUCAGAAUCCAAAAUAAAUACUGUAUGCUAGAAUGCAUAAUGUUUAUUCAUUAAUUACAUUACCAGGCCUCUCCUAUAUUACACUUACCCUCCAUUUUGAAUCUAUCAUACAAAUCAAAAUUUUACCCUGUUUCUUGUAUAAUAAACCAGGAAUAAUUGGUCAUGGUUUAAGGCAUUCUAGUAAUUGAAGCAGACCUAGUAAAAACCGAUAAAACAGACAGGGAGCAGGAGGGCUUUACUCUUCCUUACGAAAGUCAUCAAAAAUUUAAUAUUUCCACAACUUUGAACCCUAUUUUGAACUGGUUCUGAAAUUGACCAAAAUCAUUUCUAUUACAGUAGUAUGUCUUUUAUUCUAUCAACUGAUACCAUGAAAAAGCCUAUAAAACCCUAAAAAUGUUCCUAGAAAACACCUCAAAUUCAUAGUUUUAAACCAAACACAAGGACAGGUUUUUUUUUAUACUGUGCACUCACCGCAGAUGUAUUCUCUCGUGUCUGUGGCAAAAUUUACCGCUUGCAGCAUAUUUGGGUGCACUAACCCUUGGAAUGACCUCCAGGAAGGUAGACAUGAGCAACACUGGCAUCAGUAAUGUUGAUCUGCCAAAGAGACAGGGAAAGGGUUAAUGAUGCAUAUAUCCAAAUAAUUUGUUUAAAGUAGAUGCAUCAAUGCUUAGAAGUUAAUUAACCCCAUGUAUAGUGCUGCAGUGAAUGUCCCAUUCAGUCUGGUAUUUAUGCCUGAGUGCUUACUUACCCCCCUCCACUUUAAAUUAAGGUAAAUAUAGGGGAUAAAAAAUGUAACUAGUUUUCUAUCUUAUACUAUUUUUCUACAAAUGCUUUAUAAGGUAUUUUAUGGCAAGGUGUGUAUAAUAGAUUAUACAUGUAUAGGAGUACAUUAAUAGGAGACUUUUUAUAAUUAGUUUAUGUAUAGCGAAAACAAAAUUCCUCUAUUUAUAAUAUAUAUUAAGCAAGUGCUUGGGGUUUAAUUACAAUUAAUUAUGUUUCUGUUAAAGGAAACAACAAUAUUAAUUUUUUUUGAAUUUACAUCAUCUGGCUCUGAUGUGUUUUUUAUUACACAGCUUUGCAUUUUUGUGUACAUCUGAUUAAUAGUUAGUGGUAUAACCAGAACUGUUUCUAGGUCUUGCACCUUCCUAGUUCUUGCUAUGUAGUAGCAAAUAUAUACAUAUUUCAAACAGUCUUGUGAUUGAUGCAGGUUAUUUCACUCUUGCUGCUGAGGACAGCAAAAAUAAUUUUAUGAUCUAAAGCAGUAUCAUUUAUAUUCAGAAAUCAUUGUAAAAUACAUGCUUGCAUCAUCACUUGCUGCCCAUCUUUACAUUUGAGAUUGUCUUAUUUUUUUAGUUAUUAUUUUUCACUUAAGAGGAUUUAUGGUUUUUGUGAAUAUUGUAUUUUGUGAAAAAUUAAAAUGCACAAAUCAUAUAUUGAACGUCAGAUGAAAUGCAGAAAUGAUGAAUUGAGCAAUGUUAACAGCUGAAGUGCAUUGUUCACAGGUUGAGUCAGAUGCUGUUAAGCAAUAUCCGGGUCUCAUUUAAAUAGUAUCAAUACCCCCUCAGUCAUUACAACUAAGUUUUGGUUGCAUGUGGUUUAAGAGCUGCAGUAAAAUAUCAGCUUUCAGGGCUGGGUCAAAGUAAAUGAUGGAUGAAGUUGAUUUCUGUAUUAUUGCAGUGAUGAUUCUGUAGGACUUUCUAUAUGCAAAUAUUCAUGGUGAAUGGUGGUAUCUGAUCAGUAUAAAGAAAGCAGACAUGAAAGACAGACUAUAAUGUUCUGGUGUAUAUACGUGGAAAAGUUAUGCAAUUCUUCCCUCACAAAAUACUGCGAGCUUCAGUCGAGCAUUUGAAGGAUCUUUGUUUAUCCCACCUUAUUCAUUUGCUAUAUGCAUUUACAUUAGUCUUUCUUUAGCUUGUAUUUAGUUAUUGCAGAUGAUUAAUUUCUUGGUAUAUUAUUCAGAUUAAUCUGGACAUUGUAUCUGCAUUGUUACUUGAACUAAAAAUAUAUACAUUCAAAAAUUGGCAUUGUAAAGCUUCAUACUAUUUCAAAAUAUUUAGCUAUUUUUGGACAUAACACUUGGAGGGCUUAAACCCAUGGCAAAACUAGUCCUAAAACUAGCAGACCAAUCCACUGUUGAAUGGAUAACCCAUUAAAAUAAUAGUUUUGGGACAGAUUUGCCAUGGGUUUGAGCUCUUCAUGCGGCAAGUUGCUGACAAUAGUGUCAUCACAAUUUAUCAAGUCAUUUUGGGCACAUUACAGUAGGGAUAUACUAUACUUCUAUAACAUGAUAAAUUUUUUACAUUCUGAUAUAUAAUCCAAAUCCAUUCUUUUAGUAGGAAUUUACACACACACACAGAUGGGAUGGGGAGGGAGGCAUUUUUAUGACUGUUAGCUUCCAGACUCCUCAGUGAUAAGCAAAAAUUGCUGGUGAGUGGAGUACAGCUGUUUUUCAGUAUUAAAUGCCUGAUAGCGUGUUUAUACUUAAAUAUAUUAAGUGCUUAAUACAGCUAGGCAUAAAAAAGCAGAUACAAAAGUAAAAUAAAUACACAGUACAUACAAUACUUACCUUAAAAUAUGGCACCGGUCACCCUUCCCUAGUGCAACUGUUGUGCAAAAACUGCAGAAAAACGAUGAAUAUAUUGAACAGUGGUUCAGCUGAAAACCACCGAAAAUUUGGAACACCAAAAAGAGGGUGCUGAAUAAGUGUGGCAAUCCUGCAAUAUGUAUGUAUGUGUGUGUGUGUGUAUGUACACACACACACACACACACACACACACACACACACACAUAUAUAUAUAUAUAUAUAUAUAUAUAUUUCUUUCUUUCUUUCUUUCUUUCAACACACCGGCUGUAUCCCACCGAGGCGGGGUGGCUCAAAAGGAAAAACGAAAGUUUCUCCUUUUGCAUUUAGUAAUAUAUACAGGAGAAGAGGUUACUAGCCCCUUACUCCUGGCAUUUUAGUCGCCUCUUACAACACGCAUGGCUUACGGAGGAAGAAUUCUGUUCCACUUCCCCAUGGAGGUAAGAGGAAAUAAACAAGAACAAGAACUAGAAAGAAAAUAGAAGAAAACUCAAAGGGGUGUGUAUAUAUAUGCUUGUACAUGUAUGUGUAGUGUGACCUAAGUGUAAGUAGAAGUAGCAAGACAUGCCUGAAAUCUUGCAUGUGUAUGAGACAGAAAAAAAAGGACACCAGCAAUCCUACCAUCGUGUAAAACAGUUACAGGCUUCAGUUUUACAUUCACUUGGCAGGACGGUAGUACCUCCCUGGGCCGUUGCUGUCUACCAACCUACUACCUAGGAUACAUAUACAGUGGACCCCCGCUUAACGAUCACCUCCUAAUGCGACCAAUUAUGUAAGUGUAUUUAUGUAAGUGCAUUUGUAUGUGUAUGUUUGGGGGUCUGAAAUGGACUAAUCUACUUCACAAUAUUCCUUAUGGGCAAAAAUUCGGUCAGUACUGGCACCUGAACAUACUUCUGGAAUGAAAAAAUAUCGUUAACCGGGGGUCCACUGUAUAUACAUACA